UUUCCUUAUAUUAUAUGAAUAAAGAUCAAGCCGAUUUGGUUACGUGUACAUCCAGGAAUUGGAUUCAAACAACAUUUAUAAUAAUAUUCCAAGGGAAACUCCUCCUCUGCAGUCAAUAGCCAUCUUUUCUAUAUGUCUUUCUCUUGGAAAAUUCUAACGAACACAAAAGAAGCCCAAUUUGUCAUUCUUCGUCAAACCCCAAGACAUAUACAGCUUUCUCUGUUUAUUAACUAGUUAUUACCUUUGCAGAACGGAGUUUUGGCAUCUCUUUCAUUUCUAUGACACUCUUAUUUGAUAAUUUUUCUUCCAAAAAAUCUCGAAUUUUCCAUGAAAGCGUUUCAUUUAUGGAUUCAUCAUCAUCGUCAUCAUUAUCAUCUAUGUUGUUACCAUCCAUCCUAAAACAACUCAUCACCAUCCUCUUCAUCUUCUCUGCAAUUCUGUCAUCAAUAUCUCACUGCAGCAGCAGCGAAGAAGAAGAAGGAUCUUAUAUCGAUUGCGGUCGUACCUACGAGUGUGGUGACCUCAAAAACAUUUCCUACCCUUUAUGGGGAGCUGAUGUCAGACCCCGAUCCUGCGGCCGGGAAGGCUUCGAGGUUGAGUGCCGAAACAACAAACAACCGCUUAUACGAAUAAAUGGUCAAGAGUUUCGAAUUCUGAACAUCAGCAAAACAGGUAACGGAGUGAAAAUUGCAAGAAAUGAUCUCCUCGAAUCUGAUGGUCUCUGCAACGAAAAUGCUGUUGCCAUCACUUUGAAUUACUCGCUGUUCGAUUAUGCUUCAACCGUUCGAAACCUGACAUUAAUCUACAGCUGUCAACAAGGUUCAACUCUUGUGGGAUCACUAAAAAACUUUACGUGUGAUGCGAACGGGCAGACCGUUUACUAUACCACAGAAGAACGGUAUCUCAGCAAACCUGAAGCUCCAAUCAUCCAGAGAAAUUGUAACCUUGUCCAAGUUCCGGUUUUACGGGCUUCCAUUGAUGAGAACCCUGAUCCCAUUGGAAGAGAAGAAGUAGAGCAAGUUGUGAGACAGGGGUUUGAAGUAGAUUACAGCCAGGAAUUAACUUUUAAGUGUAACCAAUGUGAGAGGUCACAUGGGAGAUGCGGAUCUAAUGCCACUGAUGGAUUCCUCUGCUAUUGCCGUAACAAUAAGCCCCAUGACAUAGCGUGUCACCCUAAAGAGGGAAUAAAUUGGCAAGUCAAGAUUAUCAUAGGUGUUGUAGCUGGUCUUAUUGGUGUACUUAUUAUGUGUAUGGUCUUCUUUAUCUAUUUACGCCACAUCAGAAAGCGAAACGCUCCCAUAUAUGUGAAAUCUCGUGACAUCUCUUCUGACACCUUCUCAUCGGUGAAGGAUGUUGAGAACAGAAGCACCUAUCACGGUGUUCAUAUUUUUGACUAUGAUGAACUUCUAAAAGCCACUGACAAUUUUGACUCAUCCAAAGAACUUGGAGAUGGAGGUUUUGGCACAGUUUAUUUUGGUAAACUCUGCGAUGGGCGAACUGUUGCAGUCAAGCGUCUGUAUGAAAACAAUUUCAGGAGAGUUGAGCAGUUCAUGAAUGAAGUUGCGAUCUUAGCACGCCUGCGUCAUCAAAAUCUUGUCUCACUCUAUGGCUGCACUUCCCGCCAUAGCCGUGAACUCCUUCUGGUAUAUGAGUACGUUCCCAAUGGAACUGUUGCUGAUCACCUUCAUGGUGAACGAGCAAAACCCAAGGGAUUGCCAUGGUCUACUCGAAUGAACAUUGCAAUAGAAACUGCAUCUGCAUUGACAUAUCUCCAUGCCUCUGAGAUCGUCCACCGUGAUGUCAAGACCAACAAUAUUCUACUGGACAAAAAUUUCUCUGUCAAAGUAGCAGAUUUUGGAUUGUCUCGUCUAUUUCCAUCAGAUGUCACCCAUGUCUCAACUGCUCCACAAGGAACUCCAGGUUAUGUGGAUCCAGACUAUCACCAAUGCUACCAGCUGACCAGUAAGAGUGAUGUCUUUAGCUUUGGGGUGGUUCUGAUGGAACUAGUAUCAUCACUGCCCGCUGUUGAUAUCACUAGGCAUCGACACGAGAUUAAUCUAUCUACCAUGGCAAUCAACAAAAUUCAAAACCAUGCACUGCAUGAGCUGGUAGACCCUUAUCUUGGGUUUGAGUCAGACUUAAGGAUAAGGAAGAUGAUAACUGCUGUGGCAGAGUUAGCAUUUCAGUGUUUACAAGGUGAGAAGGAUAUUAGACCAUCGAUGCCAGAUGUAAUGGAAGAAUUAAAGAGAAUACAAAGUAAAGAUUACAAGGAAGAAGAGGCAGAGGAUAAGAUCACUUCAGCUGAUGAGGCUGUGUUACUUAAGAGUGGUCCACUGACACUUUCACCAGAUUCUGUGAAUUCAAAUUGGCUUAGCUGGGCAACAACACCAAACGAAAGCGGUUAAGUUUUCCUUCUCGUUUUUUAUAAUUUUCAAGAACAUAAUCAGAGAGAGUGCUAUGCAAGUAUUAACUACCAUAUGACAAAAAGUGGAUCAUCUCCUAAAAAUUUGUUAUCUGGAAUCAGAUGUACAUAGUUGUGUAAGAGCUGACAUGAAUAUAUAGUAGAGUUCAUGUACAAGUUGAGUAGAAGUUUUUCCUAUAUUGAAUUUUUUUUUUCUUAACUAGUAAAUUAAGUGUAACUAUAUAUAUAUAUAUGAUUGUUUUCUUAACAUU